AUGCUCAAGUUCCUGCUGAAAGGAGACAUCUUUGGCAUUUGGUUUAGGAGUCUCGUGGGUCCUUGGGCUGACACGAAGUCCUUAGCCGAGUUCAUCAAGGUGUACGAGAUGAAUGGCGACGGUAUAAAGGACAUCAUGGAGUGGAUCAGGAACCCCGUCUCGUUUACCCCUCAAGGCGAACGGACCGUUUCAUCUGAUCAGGAGGGUGUUGGGGAAUGGGGCAUAUACGUGGGGGAAAAGAAGCUUCUCGACACCCAUACUCUGAUCGAUUUGAGCAAAGAAACUGAGAUGAAGAAGAUAUUGGACGACGCUAUCGCGGAAGCCGUCGACAAUAUGCUAUCCAGCGAUAAACUCGACGAACUGAACAAGAAUCAGCAAGAUAUCGUCAUGAAGGAACUGCGCGAAAACUCAUCGCAAUACCUGGACUCCCGCAUCGAUCAUGCGGUUGAUACUCUUAUGACGGAUCCCCGCAUCCAUGAGCCUGCAUCGGUUUUUCUCAACACAGUGAAAGAUACCAUACGCGCGGGGCUGGUCGACGAACUUUUUAACACACUUUCCGAAGACGUUCCUCGCUUCCAUGAGCAACUAUACACACGGGCUGACAUCGAGCUUUAUAUUGACCGCCAAUUCCAGGACCACUACCAACGCAAAUACACGUUGGAUGAUCCGUUAUUGCUGAAAGACGUGGAGAUUGCUGUGCUUAACGCUCACGACAAGGUGUCGGAAGCGACUAUGGCUGAAUUGGUCGAAGAAGUAAGAAAGGCGGAAGCGAUAGAAGUCCAGAUCGCCCAUGAUCUGAAAGUGUUACGCGAGGAGAGGGAUAUAGCUGCACACGGGCAGUUGGAAGUUCGACGGGAAGCCCUGGAAGUCGAUAUAAAGAAGUUGGAGGAAGUCAAGGAGGAACGGAGGAGAGAACGGUUGGAAAAGAAAUCGGGGCUCGAGAAACACGAGAAAGAGAGGUUGGAACGUAAGGAAAGGGUUAAGCAUGUGAAUGAAGCCCGAGAAAGGUUAGCGGAGCGGAGAGGCGGGGAGCAUGGAAAGUAG